AAGCAGGUUGCCUCUCCAGUUCAGUCCAGCCUGCUGCACCAUGUUGGUUUCAGUCGUCCUGCUGGGGCUCUGCAUUUGCUUCGUCUUCUUUCAACUCAGAUCCCGGAGGACCAAGAACUUUCCACCGGGACCCCCCGCCCUGCCCGUCCUGGGGAAUGUUUUGCACCUGAGCCUAAAGAACCCACUGAAGGACUUUGAGAGGCUGAGGAGGACUUACGGAAAUGUCUACAGCCUGUUCCUCGGCCCCAAACCAGUUGUUAUCGUCAGUGGGAUGAAGGCGAUAAAGGAGGCUCUGGUGAACAGGGGUAACGAUUUCGCUGGACGACCCCAAGACCUAUUUGUUAAUGAUGUCACUGAGGGAAGAGGUGUGAUCCUGGCAGACUAUGGCCCCAGCUGGAAGGAGCAUCGCCGCUUUGCUCUUAUGACAUUGAGGAAUUUUGGUCUGGGGAAGAAUUCAAUGGAGGAGAGGAUUCACGGAGAGCUACAAUACGCCGUGGACACACUGGCAAAAAACCCUGGCAAAGCUGUGAGUCCUGGAGCUAUGUUUCAUAACAUGUCCUCCAACAUCAUAUGCCAGGUUCUGUUUGGCAAACGCUUCGAGUACGAUGACGAGUUCCUCAAAGUGGUUGUUCAAUGCUAUAGGGAGAAUGCCAAGAUAACCAACGGCCCAUGGGCUAUGCUGUAUGACUCUUUUCCAAUGAUUCGUAACUUGCCGCUGCCCUUCGCCAAGGCCUUUAAAAACUUUAAGACUUCUCAGAGUUUUGGACUCCGUUUGGUGGCUGAGCACAAGAAGACCAGGGUUCACGGGGAGCCACGAGACUUUCUUGACUGCUAUCUGGAUGAAUUGGUUAAGAGAGACAAUGAUGAUACUACAUUUUCAGAGAAUGAACUCUGCUCGUUCGCUCUAGACCUUCACUUUGCUGGGACUGACACAACCUCCAACACCCUGCUCACUGGUUUCCUCUACCUUAUGGCCUACCCACAUGUACAAGAGCGUUGCCAGCAGGAGAUAGACCAGGUGCUGGAGGGGAAGCUUAAGGCUGCAUUUGAUGACAGACAUAACAUGCCCUACGUGCAGGCUGUGAUCCAUGAGGUGCAGAGGAUAGCCAACACGGUUCCACUCAGCGUCUUUCACACAACGACUAAAGACACAGAGCUCAUGGGAUUUUCCAUUCCCAAGGGUAUAAUGAUCAUCCCUAACCUGACCUCAGUACUGGAUGAGGAGGGACAAUGGAAAUUCCCCAAUGAAUUCAACCCUGAAAACUUCCUCAAUGACCAGGGAGAGUUUCUUAAACCUGAGGCAUUUAUGCCUUUCUCUGCAGGUCCUCGUAUGUGUCUUGGGGAGGGCCUGGCUCGUAUGGAGCUCUUCCUCAUCAUGGUGACUCUGCUGAGGAAGUUUAAGUUUGUCUGGCCUGAGGACGCGGGAGAGCCAGACUUCACUCCAGUCUAUGGGGUCACUCUGUCUCCCAAACCUUACUGCAUGAAGGUCCAGCUCAGGGCAACAUAGUAAGACGGUCUGCAGACACUGCAGCGGAAUCAGAGGAGAUUGAUUCCGAUGAGCAAAAAACGGCCACUUCCUCCUGUGAACAAAUGAAAUGAAAACAACAGAGGAGCUUUUUCUGCUAGCCACAAUAGAUCUUAAUGAAACACUUAAACUAGUUGGGUGAGUAUAACUAUGGAAGCCCAGACUCUCUGUUAGUUGCUGUUGAAGUUAAACUGUGUUUGAGUGUGAGAGUGCAGGCAAGUCAACAGGGUCGCCAGUAGGUCAGAAGAAGGAAACAUUUGCUUGUGUAGUGACAAAGUCUCAACUGAAGCCUGAACGUUUUGGUUAUCAUCACAAAAACGACCACGGAGUAGAACUAAUGGAGAAAAUAGUUUUUAUACUGGGCUGUUCCAUUGGAUUGUAUUAUAUUGCUCUGUUGUGUCUAAUAAACCUCAUCCAGUAUAUUUAAA